AUGGCCCGGCUGGUGGGGAGCUGCAACCUGCCCAUCACGCCGAGCUGCGAGCUGAGGGUGUCCCUCGGGGGGCAGCAGGGGACGUGGGUCCUCCGGGCCGUGCACCCACGGGUGCUUGCCCUCGCCUCCUUGCAGGCAGAGGAGGUCCAGCAGCAGAUUAUCCGUGAGACUUUCCACCUGGUGCUGAAGCGCGAUGACCACAUUUGCAACUUCCUGGAGUGCGGCAGCCUGUUUGGCGGCUCUGACUACAAGCUGAUCUACCGCCACUACGCCACACUGUACUUCGUCUUCUGUGUGGACUCCUCCGAGAGCGAGCUGGGCAUCCUGGACCUCAUCCAGGUCAGUCUCUCUGCAAGGGGGCUCACUGCCCAAGGGUGGCUGGCAGGUGCCUUCCCCCAGAGCAUGGUCCGGCCCCGAGAUCUCUCAGGUGCACUUUGUGUCUGCGACAUCUCUGCGUCGGCCUUUCUGGAAGUGAUGGGAGCGGUUCAGGGAGCUGCAAUGGGGAGGGGGAGCUGUGUGUGCCGUAGCCAAUACACAGCUCUUCUGCCUGGAAACAGCAGGGGAAGUCAAUCUGGAUUAAUUUCUUUAAAAAAAAUAGAAUCACAGAAUCAUUUAGGUUGGAAAAGACCCUUAAGAUCAUUGAGUCCAACCGUUAAUCACAGAGUCAUAGAGUGGCAGGUUGGAAGGGGCCUCAAGGAUCAGCUGGUCCAACCUUGCAGGCAAAAACCUGGCCUAGACAAGCCAGCCCAGCCCUCGUUCAGCUGA